GUCUAGGAUCUAUGUUGGGGAGGGGGUGUUCGGGUGCUGUGGUUAGGUGUCUGUUUAUGUUCCUGAGAGAAACUGGGUUGGCAGGGAGAAUUUAGGUCCUCCCUGGAGCUGACCCACACUCCUUUACAGUAGGUGGCGGUAAUGCACCAAAACGUUGGAUGCCAACCGCCGUUUACCCCCACAGAAGAAGAAGUGCUGGACCUAAGAACGGGCCGAUUUACAGGGAUCAACCCAUGGUUGCGGCGGAUAUUUAUUAUGUUGCUACUGUUCGCAACAACAAAUGUGCUUGGAGAGGUGCCUGUACCUCAGAACGUAACCCUGUCGUCCAUGAACACACAGUACAUAUUGAUUUGGGACUGGGACCAGAACAACACUGGCAGCCCUGCUACCUUCACUGCGGAGUACAUAGCGAAGUUCAAGUUGGCGAGGAAGAAGAGCCCGCCCUGGGUUUCUGUAUGCAAUGGGACCACUGCCACCUUCUGUGACUUCACCGGCUCUGAUCUGCUCUACCUUGGCAUGUAUGUGUUCAGGGUGCAAGCCAGCGUGGACGGACUCGCCUCUGAAUGGGUCCAAAAAGACUUCUGCCCUCAUAAAGAUGCUGUGCUGGGGCCUCCGUCCAGGGUGGAGCUGGCGCCUGCUGGUAACCUGCUGGACGUGUGCAUCUCCCCCCCGCUGACCAGCACCCAGGGCUCCAUGAGCGAUCUCCUCGCCCUGUAUUACCGCAUAGAGUACUGGAGCCAGUGGGAUGAUCCCCAGGGCCUGAAGCGGGAAGUGCUAAACACAUCCAGCACCCUGGUGACCCUCCCCGGGCUGGACGCCUGGUCCUGGUACUGUGUCACGGUCCAGGCCCGCUAUGACUACUACAACAAGGCCAGUCGCUACAUAGCGCCCAUGUGCAUGCAGACUGAGGGUGACACGCCACAUUGGCAGAUCUUCCUGUACUUCCUGAUCGCUCUGGUGGUGUGUUUCCUGUUGGUGUUGCUGCUCUGCUACACCGGAUUCAGGUGCUACAAGGUCCUCAAAAACACCUUCUACCCCUCAAACCAGCUGCCUUAUCACAUCCAGGAGUACCUCAGCGACUCCCCCAGCUCGGACCUGCCCUGCCUCCUCACCCCGGACUCGGAGUUGUGCUGCGACAGGCUGAGUGUGUGUCCCGAGGUGGUGCUGCUGGAGGUCCACGUCCCCCCUCCCGUCACGGAGUCGGAGCAGGACGGCGGCAGGCACAUCCGCCAGGGCAGCGGGGACUCUGGCAUGUACUCCACAGAGGGAGGCUCCGCCCAGCAGCACUGUUGCAGCAGCGCUGGGAGUGAGCCAAUCGGGAGAGACCAGGAAGUGGACUCCUGGCAGAUGGCGGAGAAGGUGCAGAUGGAGGAGAUUGGGAAAACCCCUGUAGAUGGAGUUGUGGACGAGGGCGUUGGCGACCUUUUUGGCCAUUGUUGAUGAUUGGAUAAUUAUAAUGGAUUGGUCCCGACUUCCGGCUCCACGAACGUGAAGGAAGAUGCCGUCUCACAGAGCUAAAACAUCUCUUUAAAAUGUACUGAUGCUAAGAAGGGCUAAUAUACCUCCUUUAGGUUCCAUCCCUAGCCACAAGUGACAUUUAAUGUUGGAAUCCUUGGCGGGGGAAAACAGCUACGCCCGUCUCAGAUGUUACAGCGAAGACGGCACUUCAGACCGCAACACUUUUCCUCCGCCUCCAUCGUCAUGGCGCACUCAAUCCAACCAUCCAACAGUGUUUUCCUGGAGGUGUACCGGCUGCCUGCUUUCACCGGUAGCAGGUCUCUGCUCUGGACGGCGGCACAGAGGGUCUGCUGGCGUUUUAAUGUGACUCCUUUCUGUCGCCACGUGGCUGAUGGCUGUGUACUGCAGCUUGUGUGUGUGUGUGUGUGUGUGUGUGUGUGUGUGUGUGUGUGUGUGUGUGUGUGUGUGUGUGUGUGUGU